AUGGUCCGGGUGGAAGGAGUACAGCUGCCUGUCACUGGGGACACCGCAAACUUCUUCUGGCAAAGCUUCGUGGAUUUGGGCCUGAAACAAGAAGUUAUCCUAAAGGAGUUGACGGACUACGCAUUUGAGUUAUGGGUUAAAACAGGGAAGCGAUGGAACAGGCUCUAUGAGAGUAUUGUUGGAGGGUUCCUCGAGCGUGAUUUGACUCAACAGGCAGUGGAGUGGCACAAACGGCUUCGAGAUCCUCACCUACCCUGCCCGAACGAUAUCAUACGCAUCCUUAGACCUGCCAUCAGCGCAUCCAACAAAUUUUGCACCACGGCGGCUAUUCCGUGGAAGCGCGAACGUCAUAUGAUCCCCGCAGGGUUAAGGGCUUUCGAGAAUAUCUGCCGUGCUACGCAUGGGCAUCAGAUAUACGGCCAGACUAUAUCCAUGGUACUGCAGAGUGACUGGGUCGACCAUAUCUUCCGAAUACAUAAAUUAUUGAUUGUGCGAGGCGACCACCCACAGUCCUAUGAGGAAGUUCAGCCGCUACUAGAGUACACUAAAGGGUAUGGUUCUCCUCAAUUCUUUCAGAGACUCCACCGGUAUGCUAGAAGUCGGUUUCCCGACCAAGUGGAGGCCACCUACGAAGAUGACCCUCUCCCAGAGGAUGUGUCGGCAGAGCAGCCAGAGGACCAACAACCGGAACCAAGUGGGAAAGCUUGGCUCGCGGAGAAGCCUUUCAAGGAUGACUUCGGUGCCAGGCUUUUUGCUACCAAAGCUCUUAGGUUUGACAUGAUCCUUUCUGGACUACGAAUGUUUGGCGUAACAGCCAUUGGGCCACAGUCGCUACGCGAAAUGGCUAUCCGAGCGCAUGGGUGUCAAGAUAUAGUUUCCAAACUCCAGGAACUUCAAAAAGCAGGGAUUUCCAUAGGCGAUAGUGUAUUCGCACGACUCCUCCGCAAAUUAGCGACGGAAAACCGCGACAUCCUUUUGUCCGAUUUGCUUCGCAGCGACCAGCAUCCGGACGUCCUAGAGGACGCUCAGCUGCAAGAGUCCUUGCUGUUAUCGUACUACGUUGCUCGCGACUGGCGUCAGUACAACAUGACCCUGGGAAUCCUUGGCCAGAUCUUCGAAGAUGAAUCUGAUCUAGCUAACGUUCAUUUUCGAAAAUAUUUGGCAGCGGGAGAUUGGAAAAUGGCCACUCAAGUUGUUGAUAAUAUGGCCCUUCGCGGCGGGACGCUGUCUCAGGACAGCAUUGACUAUAUCGCCGAACAUGUUCUCAUUCCCCGCGCUCCAGGAAAGGCACCAAGACGUGACGAUCUCUCCACUGCAAAAGAAGUCCAAUUUGUUUCGCGCGCCUUGCAGCGCGGUACUUCCAAUGGUGACUUGGCAGUUACUGAGCUCUGGAUUGAGGUGCUGAAACGCCUCGGAAUGCUCAACCUCUGGGAUGAUCUUCGGAAUUGCUGUCUAUGGUUGGCCCGUCAAUAUUCUUCUAAGUCGAAUAUGACCCGAUCUAUCGUCUCGUACCCAAAGAGAUCGCAACGGGACAUGGUUGCCCUGUCCCAGCAGCAUGGGGAUCCCUUCCUCCGGAAGAUAUUCAGUCGACAGAUGCAGGCCGCCAUUAUUGCGUGGGGUUUUAGGACGCGGGUAUCUCAACAGCGCAAGUGGAUUGCCAUCCAUGGAAACGCAUACGAAAGCCUUAUUCCCUGGCUCUCGGUGGCAUGGGUCCGUCGGGCUUGCCGGCAUCGCUUGGCAGUACUUUACGGGCGGAGCAGCCUAGUCAAUCGCCGUAUGAACCGCAUGUUACGGCAAGAGAAUCCUUACAGUGUCGUGCGAGUCCUCGAAGAUAUCAACCUUGCAUGGGGAGAGCCAUACUUGUUUGGGGACCGGGAAAUCCGCGAUGCUGAUGGGAUAGUCAACCCUCCUAACCGGACAAGGCGGAGAAGGGUUAAAAAGAUGAGGUCAGCUUACCUUCAGAGGGUCCAGCUUUCUCAGAUGAAAGAAGUGUAUAGUAGUAAAGCGCAGAACUAG